UUAGCACCAUAGAAAAUCCGGGGAUUGUUUAAAGUCUCCCCCAAGAAAAUCCGUAUUGGGAUGGCCAAGUAGUCUGGACUGGGGGAUCUUGAUCCCAUUCCCGAAAAACAUUUCAUCUCUCCUUUUCUAUGGGUGGAAAUCUUGAUCGCCCAGAAAUCGCGUCGAAUUUUAUGUGUUCGUGAUAGUGCUCCCGUCAAAUAUCACCCGGGUUUCGGGUAGGAGUGAAGAAUACAUCUAUUGAACCAUGUUGCCAGAAUAAUCCACAUAUAUGUAUCAAGUAUCUGCCUUUUACCUUUUAGAAUCAAAUUCAAACCUUCUGCAUACCGUGAAUUUCAAGAAUACCAACAAUCAUGAAGUUACAAUUUAUCAUUCCUUUUCCAUUUCUCCUUUCAUAUGUCUCCGCACAUACGAUAUUCACGCAAUUGGAAUCAGGGGGCACACUUUACAGUUUGUCUCCCAUAGUCUGUCAAAGUUAAAAGAACAAAUUGCUCACCAUGAACAGAUACCAGCUAUGCCAUCCGAGAUCCAACAUAUGACGGCGUAAUUCUUUUCACCCUUCCUCCCAACCAAACUACUUCUAACAUCUUCAGCCAAUAACCGACGUAACAACUCAAUAUGUCGCCUGUAACGGCGGGCCAAACCCUACCACACCCUCCUCAAACAUAAUCAAUGUUGUCGCCGGUAGCACAGUGAAAGCCACCUGGCGUCACACUCUAACUAGCACACCCUCUAACGACGCAACGUAUGUUCUCGAUCCGUCUCACCUAGGUCCCGUAAUGGCCUAUAUGAAAAAAGUCGACGACGCAACCACCGACGUCGGCUACGGACCCGGCUGGUUCAAAAUCUCAGAACAAGGUCUCAACGUCGCAACACAAGGAUGGGCCACCACAGAUUUAAUCAACAACGCAGGCGUCCAAAGUAUCACCAUCCCCAGCUGUAUAGCCAAUGGUCAAUAUCUUCUCCGCGCCGAACUCAUCGCUCUCCACGCAGCAGGCGGAUUACAAGGCGCUCAGCUCUACAUGGAAUGUGCACAGAUCAAUGUUUCUGGCGGCACGGCUACCUCUUCUCCAUCUACAGUAUCGUUUCCUGGAGCUUAUGCACAAAAUGAUCCCGGUAUUUUGAUUAAUAUUUAUCAAACUUUAUCUUCGUAUCCGAUUCCGGGUCCUACACCGUUUGUGUGUGGCGCCGCGCAGAGUACCGCGAAGGGUAGUACGAGUACGAGUUUGAGUAGUACGGUCAAGGCGACUGCGACUUCAACGACAUUAGUGAGUAGUACAAAGACGAGUAGUAGUGUGGUGGCGACAGGAACGGGAACAGCGGCUGCGGCGAUUUAUGCUCAGUGUGGUGGGCAGGGUUGGAACGGGGCUACUAGUUGUGCGGCUGGGAGUAAGUGUGUUGUUAGUAGUGUUUAUUAUAGUAAGUCAAGAUUCUUGUUUUUAAAUAUGCAGUGCUGGAAGCAGGACGGUGGAGGGUGGAGGAUGGAGUGGGAAGCAAUAUUAAGGGAUAGAUUGUUAAUCAUUUUUUAGGUCAAUGUUUGCCAUGAUAUCGAUUAUAUGUGUAUGGGAGAGGAAGGGAAGCGGACCGAAGAGAAGCGAAAGAGGUAUCUGUAUACUCGAUAGAUAGUUAGGGCGGGGACGUAUGCUGUGCUCAGAGAGCAGGACAGAGAUAAGUUAUCUUAUGGAAAAAGCAGUAAGAGAGUAGAA